CAUGACCAAUGCAUGGGUUGAGGGUCACGAUCUUCUCGUGGGGUGCUGACAAAAGCAUUUCGGUUUAUUACAAAAGUACCAACAUAUUCCGGAUAAGUUUCAGAUAAGAUAAACAUAUUUUCUGGAAACCCCACCCAUUUCUCCCUCUUCUUCCCGUCUUCAAUCUUUUUUUUUUCUUUGCUCAUCAAAUCAUCUUUGGGCUAAAAUGCACAGAGGAAUUCAAUCACUCCUUUCUCAUGGAAGUGUACUGAAGACGGCUGCCUUAAGACAUGUCCGUUUGGGCAAUCCAGUGAUGAAUCGGCCGCUCAUGUUUGCCCGUCACGAGUCAACUUCAGCUGCCCGGAUGGAAGAGCACGGGUUUGAAAGCACCACUAUUUCUGACAUUUUGAAAUCCAAGGGCAAAGGUGCAGAUGGGUCAUGGCUGUGGUGUACUACAGAUGAUUCUGUCUAUGAUGCCGUCAAGUCGAUGACUCAGCACAAUGUAGGAGCAUUGGUUGUGGUUAAACCAGGGGAAGAGAAAUCAAUUGCUGGUAUUAUCACUGAAAGAGAUUACCUCAGGAAAAUCAUAGUACAGGGAAGAUCAUCAAAAUCAACAAAGGUUGGGGACAUUAUGACAGAAGAGAAUAAGCUCAUUACUGUCACGCCUCAUACCAAGGUUCUGAAAGCCAUGCAGCUAAUGACAGAUAACCGUAUAAGGCACAUCCCAGUGAUUAAUGACUCGGGAAUGGUGGGGAUGGUGUCGAUCGGAGAUGUUGUUCGUGCAGUAGUGAGUGAGCAUAGGAAUGAGCUGAACAGGCUGAAUGAAUUCAUUCAAGGAGGCUACUAGUUGCUGUUGAUGAUGACGAUAAUCAAUCCAUGCUGCGUAAUAAACUGACCAUGAGAUACAAAUAAGGCUGUGAUGUUUGCAACUCAGGUUGAGAACAUGUGUGUGUGUAAAUAGUGUUCAUGUGGUCUUUCGCAGAAUGGUGCUGGCUUGCAGAUUCAGCCAAUUGAUCUUUAUUAAACUAAUGCAAUCUGUACUGUAUUACAUUUUGAACUAUAUGUUCAUUUCCCCUUGUUUUGAUUUAUAAUGCCAUUAUCAUGAGUA